AUGCAAGAGAUAGUGAACCUCGCUGCCUCCCAUAGGGCAUGCCAUAUCAUUACACAGUUCUAUAAUGGCCAAGAACGACUCCUGAAUGAUAGGAGAAGACCCGAGGCAACUUUUCUUUACUCAUCGGUAGAUCGUAUUGCACACACAGUUUCAUAUGAGCCUCGUGCACUCCUAUUUGAUGCCAAGAACGGCAGCGGCGCUCUUGGUAGAUAUCAAUAUACUUCAAGCGCUGACUAUGUGGGCGAUGGUGGCGUAACUACGGAAUCGGUUAAUACAGACCCUGCCGAGCAUGUGACUGUUAUUAGGACAGGGCCUGCUAUUCGGCGUUCAGAUUAUCAGCGGGCCCUAGACAGCGGAGCGGAACUGCCGCGGCUGGAUGCUAGUAACACCGAAUAUUGGUCAGAUUAUGCAAGAAUGAUAUAUACACCUGGGAAUGUCCAAGAGCUUGAUAACUGGUGUCAUGAUGUUGAGAGGCCAUGUCUGCCAGACUUCAAGGGAUUAAGGGAGCGUCGCUUUGAUUUGUACGAGGCUGGCAUAGAGGUAUGUGCUGAGAAAUGCAAUAUUGACUUUAUAGACGGGCCCCUUCAUACGGAGCUAGAGAAAUGUGAUAUGCUACAAGGGUUUAACGUUGUCACUGAUGUUGACAGUGCUUGGGGCGGCUUCGGGACACAACUUGUUGAAAUACUUCGCGAUGAGAUGCCCAAGUCUGUUAUUUUCUCCUGGGGUGUUGGGGAGUUCCGUCCCGUAUUACGCAAUCGGAUCCGUACGACAUUAUCUCUUACUGAAGAAAGUCAUGUCUACUUCCCAUUAGGAGGUGAAUCGUUACAUAAUCUGUCAUUAUGGGAACAAGGGGCAAAAUUGUGCCAAGUAUUUGAUACUGUUGCUGCGCUUACACAAAAGCACUCCAUGGCGGAAGUCGCAGAUCAACUUACCGGAGCUGUUUGGCAGCGAAAUUUGAUAUCACGUGCCAGAUCUUCUAAGUCCAGCUACACCUACUUCAGUGAUGGUAUCCGUGCUAGGCGGGCGGAGCGUGCAUUUAACGAGCUACAUGUUGGUCGCGGCGAGAGUGUUCCUUUAUGGGAACCAUGGGAUACUCUUCCAGAUGCGUAUAAGAACCUUGACUACGUAGAUUUUGCAGUCACCUCAGCAGUAAGAGAAACAUUCCAGAGUUGGCGAAGGGACUACCUCCCCCGGGUCCUACGCCAUGACGACGACCGGGAUGAUGUUGCUGACCGCCUUGAUACCGUCGCCGCCGAGUACCACGAUGGCCUCGUCGAUGAUGAUGAUAGCGAUGAUUAA